AUGGCGCGCGCGGUGCGGCGGCGAGCCCCCGUGCAUUCCAGCCGGCGGCGCGCGACUAUUCCUCUCCGCUCGCCCCCUCUCCCUCUUGUAAACCCGCCCCACGCGUCCUCAUGGUUCCGCCGGCCUACACCGGCUCCCCCUGCCAGGGGUCUGCUGCUCUCUUCUCCAAAUCUCGAGUGCCGCCGCCGCCGCCGCGUCUUCUUCUCCGGCGGGUCCGGGGACGCCGUCGGCCGCGGGGAGGUGGUUGGAAGUUGGAGGAAAAGACUAGAACUAAUACCCAUGCAUAUGUCAUCGGAAAUGCAUAUCCAGCAAGUGGAACAAUGCAUCUCUAUAGCCCUGAAGUGCCUGGAACCUGACUCGAAUAAAAGGCCUACUUCACUGGACAUAGUUCAAAGUCUAAAUGCAGAAGAAACAAAAUCUAGGUCUCUUGAAAACUCCACUAGUGUUGCUGAGAAGGACAGGAGAAACCAAAAUCUUUUCAGUCAAGUAAAUAGGAACAUAAUCAACAUACCAAAGACCAUCAGUGCCAUUAACAACCUGAAUGAGUGUGCCAAUUUGUUCCAUUGGGUUAUAUCUGCCGCAUCAUCUUUGAAAUCCAUGUGUAGUGGAACACAACUGGAAAAACUUCAAGGCGAUGCACGACAGUUGCAGAGUGACCUUCAAUGUCUUAGUGAUACUCUACCAGCAAUGUACAACCUCAUUGAUCGAGCAGAAUGGAGGAUCCAUGAUCAUUAUGUGGCUGACCUCCUUUCAAAACUCAAAGAUGCAGUGUAUGAUGCAGAAGACCUUCUAGAUGAGUUUAGAUGGUAUGAGAAAAAGGUUUCAGUAGAGGGCAAUGCGAUCUUAGUGGAACCAAUCAUUGACUUCUUUCAUAGUGUCACUCAGGGUAGCUUCAACAAGGUGACUGGUAUCCAGAAGAGGCUCAAUCAUCUUUCUGGACAGCUUGAGAAAAUUGGCUUACAUCAAACAAUUCCACGGUUUGACAAAUCCUUCAGGCCCGAGACCACGGCUUUCCCUAUUGAGCCAGAGAUUUUUAGUCGUGAUAACGAAAAGGAGAAGUUGAUAAGAAUGCUUGGUGUACCAACAGAUAAUAGCACUGGUCCUUCUAAACGCAAGAGGAAAAGAAAUGCAGUUUGUUCAUCAGCAAGCAACCAAAUUUGUGCUACCAUUGAUAGUAAUGAAGCAACAAUAACGAGCGUUCCAGUUUUGCCAAUUGUUGGAAUUGGGGGUGUUGGGAAAACCACCUUGGCUCAAGAUAUUUGCAACAAUUCAAAAGUGAUAUGCCACUUUGAGCUGGUAAUUUGGAUUUUUGUCUCAGAUGAUUUUGAUGUCAAGAGGUUAACUAAAGAAGCCUUAGACCAAUCUUCUCCUCCAGAGAAAGUGCCAAAAACUGACAAUUUGAAUCUUCUCCAGGGUGCUCUUGCACAAAGUCUGAGCAAUAAAAGAUUCUUAAUUGUCCUUGAUGACAUGUGGGAUGGAAAUGAGCUAGAUUGGAAGCGCUUCUGUGCACCUUUUAGAAAUGCACUUAAGGGAAGCAUGAUGCUUGUCACCACUAGGUCUCCGAAGGUUGCUGAUGUAGUGCGUACAAUGGAUCGCUUUCCCUUAGAGGGUUUGAAAGAAGAUGUGUUUCGGAAGUUCUUUAAGUUCUGUGUGUUUGGGCCUAAUAGCUCCAACAUUGAUCCAGAGUUGGAACGGAUUGGUGAGAAAAUACUCCCAAAGUUGAGAGGCUCUCCUUUAGCUGCAAAAACUCUUGGACGGCUGUUAGGAAUGAGCCUUGAGCUAGCACAUUGGGAUAGGAUUCUCAAGAGUCAGCUGUGGGAGCUUCAACAAAAGGAGACCGACAUUUUGCCGGCUCUUCGGUUGAGCUACAUGUAUUUACCAUUGUAUUUAAAGAGAUGCUUCUCGUUCUGUGCUGUGUACCCGAAAGAUUACAUAUUCAAAAAGGAGGAUUUAGUGGAGAUUUGGGUGGCAGAAGGCUUAGUGGAACAUCACCCUAACAUUUCACUUCAUCAUACUGGUGGUCAGUACUUUGAAGAACUUGCACAUCUGUCAUUUUUUCAUAAGUAUCCUCGGUCCCACAAGAAAUAUGUAAUACAUGAUUUGAUGCAUGACAUGGCACAACUGGUUUCAAAGGACGAGUGCUUUAUAGUAAAAGAAAAAAAUGAUAUUCCCAAGAUGCCUCAGAAUGUCCGCCAUCUGUCAGUGGUCAACGGCGGAGAUAUUCAGUGUUCUGACUUAUUGAAGCAUGACAUGGCACAGCAUAGAAAGCUGCGCACCCUAUUUUGCCACCUGUCUUUAGAGAGUGAAACUGAUAAUACUGUGAUGGAGAAAUGGUGUAAUGAACUUUUGUGCAUGCGUGUCAUGGUCUGUUCUAUCUCUAAUUGGGGCUUACCAGGUAGUAUUAGCAAUAUGAAGCUACUUCGGUACCUUCAAAUCCUCGACUCUAGCCUUUGCAAGAGCCUUCCUUCAGCAUUCUGUUGCCUCUAUAACAUGCAAAUAUUUAAUGCUACGAAAUGGAGCAUUGAUGACAUUCCUAGCAUCUUUGGUUGCCAAAACUUAUCAAGCUUGGAACAAUUGCUACAACCUGCUUAUGUGCCUAACAUCAAGAAAAUAAAAAUUCUCAGUUGCAGCAAUUUGGAACGUGUACCAACUGAGAAGUUUGGAGGUUUACUUUUCCUAGAAGUACUGUAUGUGUUCAGAUGUCCAAAGAUCAAAUCACAAUGGCUGUGUGCUCCAUCCCUAAAGGAGAUGUAUCUGUAUGACCCUGGGGAUCUCAUAGACAACAUUGAGUGUAGUUCUCUCACCAAAUUUCAUAUAUGGGGGUAUCCUACAGAAUCCAUCGAACUAAAAAUGUGGAAUCUUCCGUCACUGCAGGAGCUCCGGAUCGGUUAUUGUGGUUCUCUGACGAUUAUUAGAGAUUCGGAACCUUUAUCCACAGACCUUUUCCACAGCGGUACCAGAAGCAGAAUGGGAAAGUUCCCCUUACUCACUCACCUAACCAUUAGCUCCUGCGGGGAGCUUAAAACUAUGGAUGACCUCCUGUAUCUCCCAGCCAUUGAGAGUAUUAAGAUUCGGAACUGUGGCUUGCAGUCCCUGGCAGCUAAUAGAUUAGGAGAUUCUUCUCGUCUGAAAGACUUGGAGAUUUCAGAUUGUUCAAGUCUCGACUGGCAAAGCGGAUUGUUGUUACCAUCGUCUCUCCAAAAUCUCACGUUAUGGAAUUGUGGGGAUUUCUCUGGCUCGUUUCCUAGUUGCCUGGAGAACCUCACCUCCCUUGAGUCACUGGAGAUUCAUGACUGUGAAUGCAUAGUGUCCGUUCCUGGCCACAUGUGGAGCAGUAAUCUCAAAUCACUUCAGAGUUUGGAGUUUUUUUGCCAAGAUAUUUGCAACAAUUCAAAAGUGAUACGCCAUUUUAAGCUGGUAAUUUGGAUUUUUGUCUCAGAUGAUUUUGAUGUCAAGACGUUAACUAAAGAAGCCUUAGACCAAUCUUCUCCUCCAGAGAAAGUGCCAAAAACUGACAAUUUGAAUCUUCUCCAGGGUGCUCUUGCACGAAGUCUGAGCAAUAAAAGAUUCUUAAUUGUCCUUGAUGACAUGUGGGAUGGAAAUGAGCUAGAUUGGAAGCGCUUCUGUGCACCUUUUAGAAAUGCACUUAAGGGAAGCAUGAUGCUUGUCACCACUAGGUCUCCGAAGAUUGCUGAUGUAGUGCGUACAAUGGAUCCCUUUCCCUUAGAGGGUUUGAAAGAAGAGUUGGAACGGAUUGGUGUGAAGAUACUCCCAAAGUUGAGAGGCUCUCCUUUAGCUGCAAAAACUCUUGGACGGCUGUUAGGAAUGAGCCUUGAGCUAGCACAUUGGGACAGGAUUCUCAAGAGUCAGCUGUGGGAGCAUCAACAAAAGGAGACUGACAUUUUGCCGGCUCUUCGGUUGAGCUACAUGUAUUUACCAUUGUAUUUAAAGAGAUGCUUCUUGUUCUGUGCUGUGUACCCGAAAGAUUACAUAUUCAAAAAGGAGGAUUUAGUGGAGAUUUGGGUGGCAGAAGGCUUAGUGGAACAUCACCCUAACAUUUCACUUCAUCAUACUGGUGGUCAGUACUUUGAAGAACUUGCACAUCUGUCAUUUUUUUCAGAAGUAUCCACGGUCCCACAAGAAAUAUGUAAUACAUGA